AUGGCGAGCAGAAGGGGCAUCCCCGAGCUCCCAUGGGAGCUUCAAGACGCCAUACUCGCGCGGCUGCCGCUCCGCGACGCCGCCCGCUCCAGCGUCCUUUCCAGCAGCUGGGGCCGGUCCUGGCGCCACCUCGGCGAGCUCGACUUCCACCCGGGCCCCGUGCAGCGCGUCCGCCUGAGGGUCACCGACGAGCUCCUCCCCGGCGUGCCCGCCUGGAUGGCGUCCCUCUCCGAGAAGGGGAUCCAGUCGCUGGACCUCACCGUGCGCGCCAUGUACCGGCCGCCGCCGCACCCCAUGCACCGCUCCAUCUUCGCCUGCCGCGCGCUCAGGCGCCUCUCCCUCGGCCGCUUCGCCCUGCCGGCCGCGCCGGAGCACUUCGCCGGGUUCCCGGCCCUCGCGACGCUCUCCCUCACCGGCACCGCGUUCCGCAAUGCCCGCGACCUGGAGGCGCUCGUCGCUAUGUCCCCGAGGCUGGAGGAGCUCAGGAUGUGCUGCAUCGCCGUGGACGUGGACUGCCGUGAACAUGGCGGCGACGGGCGCCGCAAGGUGAGGAUGGUGUCGUCCAGCCUCCGGUUCCUUCGGAUCGACGGGAUGGGGAACGUCGAGUUCGUGGGCGCGCGCUUGCCGCGCGUGUCGCAGGCAGACUUCGCGCAGGCCUCCUAUCCAAGCGCCCCAAACCUUCUGUCCGCCAUGGUUACCUCGCUUGAGACGCUCGACUAUUACUAUUAUGCCUUGCCGUUAUCGCCGGGAUAUGUCCUGCCUUUUUCUGAAUAA